UAUGUUGUCUGUGCAGAGGCUGUCUUUGUGGAGACCUUGCCAAUUGUGAAAUCAGUACUAGAUGGGUACAAUAUGUGCAUUUUCGGAUAUGGGCAGACAGGUAGUGGGAAUACAUUUACGAUGGAAGGAACAACAGAGAACGGGGGUGUUAACUACAAAGCUUUGGAGGAACUGCUCAAGUGUUCCAAGGAAAGCAGCUCCAUAAUCAGAUAUGAACUUUCUGUGAGCAUGUUGGAGGUCUAUAAUGAGAAGAUCAGAGAUCCUCUGGUAGACAAUGCAGAUCAACCUGUGAAGAAAUUGGAGAUAAAGCAAGUGGCAGCCGGAAUACAGGAUGUGCCUGGGUUGGUUGAAGCUCAGAUCUGCAGCAUAGAUGAGGUGUGGGAGAUGCUUAAAACUGGAGCAAGGAACAGAUCGGUUGGGUCAACCAAUGCAAACAAGCUCUCACUGCUUCAUUGCAGCAUGGUUCGGGUGACUAUCAAGAGUGAGAAUUUGGAGAGUGGGCAGAGGAGCAGGAGCCACAUGUGGCUUGUGGAUAUAGCUGGAAGUGAACGUGUUGCAAAGACUGAAGUUGAGGGCCAGAGGUUGAAAGAGUGUCAGUUCAUCGAUAAGUCACUCUCGGCAUUAGGAGAUGUUAUCUCUGCUCUUGCCUCAAAGAACCCCCAUAUUCCAUACAGGAACUCAAAGCUUACCCGUCUGCUCCAAAGCUCUCUAGGAGGAGAUUGCAAGACUCUUAUGUUUGCACAGAUCAGCCCAAGCUCAGCAGAUUUGGGAGAAACACUCUGCUUAUUAAAUUUUGCUAGUCGAGUCCGGGGAGUUGAGCAUGGCCCUGCCCGUAAACAAUCAGAUCCAGCAGAAAGUUUCAAGCUUAAACAGAUGGCAGAGAAGCUCCGACAGGAAGAAAAGGAAACAGCAAGAUUAAAUGAAAGCUUGCAGUCGAUGCAGCUCAAAUAUGCAUCACAGGAGUAUGUCAUUAAAACUCUUCAAGAAAAGGUUAGAGAUCUUGAGAACCAGAGGGCCUCCAGACAGACUGCCAAAUUCUCCAAGCCACCACCGGCUCCCAUCAAGGAGAGGCCUCCUUUGAGCAAAAUCACUAACCGUUUGCCACGUUAAGAAAGAAGUGGUUCAGAUCAGUCAGGCAACCUAGAUUACCUCCAAACUUGCUUCUUGUGUGGAGAUCAGAUGACCCAUUUAAGGGAUAAAAAUAUCACAUCAUAUUCUUUUAUCUUCCAUCACCUCUAUAUGUUUAAAUAUUGCUUUUAA